AUGAACGAACGAUUCCGGCUGAAUUACGGUCGUGUAAUCGUCCUCACGACACCACCAGGUACGACCUCACGUUCUUUCUUUCCUUUCGAUUCGGGGAGGCCGUCGUUCUUUAAAAAUCUUCUCACGCAAAAAUCGACUUCGUAUUUCUGUUCCCUUCGUCCCAGUAAUUUAGAGGGAAGCGGAUACGCAGCUACGGAGCAACGCGGCAAGUUGGAUCCUUCCAUAGAGCAAAUUUUCCGAGGCCCCGCCGAAAGGAGAAGCAUCUCUAAAUCGACCGAGACUCUCGGGGCUAAACUCGAGGGUACUCCGAAACGUGCGAAGCGCGAGACGGUCAAGAAGAACGAAAUUUCAAAGAACGAGGCGAAGCGUUCGCUCAACAGAGACAAAGCCUCUUCGAGAACCGGUCGCUCGUCGAGAGACCUGCCGAAGCUACCGGAUUACGAGGUUCCCGUCGAUCAAGAGAAAUCCGAGUACGCGGACGAGGCCGAGGACGAGGCAGCGAGCAAAGACGGUAAAUACAAGGCGAGCGAAUUUCGCGUCGGCGAGGACUCGGAAAGGUACAUCGAUCAGGAGGAGAGAUCCAGCUUGUACGACGACUUCGAGGCGAAGGACGUGGUGAAAAGAGGGAUCUCCGGUGCGGAGGACUAUGAGGAAGCAGACGAGGACGUUGCUGAUACCGCGGAAGAAGCCGCGGCUGAGGAACCGAACGCGUUCGAGGAGGUGAGCGACGAGAGGAAGGCUCGCAGCGACGUUCGGGUGAAGAGGGAUCGCGACAAUUCUAAAGAAGCGGUUGCCGGUAAAAUGGACAACGCCGACGCUUCCAAAGACGCGAAAGCCGAAGAGUCGUUGAAGGACAAAGUCGACGGUCAAUCGAACGUUCAGGAAAAAGAAUCGAGCGAUCAGACCGAUCAGAAGAGAAACGUUCCCGAGAAGAACGACAACGCCGCUGCCAAGGGCGCCGAGCAGGAAACCGACUCGAAGCGAUCCGCGAACGACGAGAACGCGAAACUAGAGAAUCAGGAGAGCCAGCUGGCCGACGGGAAACGAGAGGCUGGUCUGUCGAACAAGGCCAACGACGUGGCCAGUGAUUCUUCCAGUUUGAAAGUAGUCUCGAAAACGGACGAGUCGAAAGUCGCCGAUGUUCCCGAUCCAGGUGCAACGAAAUCUGACGCUCCCGCACCCGUGGCGGAGACCGCGGCUGCGGAAGACGCGAACAAAUUAGACUCGAAGAGCAACGAUGCCGUGAUGGACGCUGACUACGAGAAACGCGUCGAGGAGCAGAUACAGAGAAAGAUCGACUCGAUCAAGGAGGAGAUCAAGAGGGAAAUCGCGGAGACUCAACGAAUCAAAGAGAUCGAGGAGAAUAAUGCCAAGUUCGACGAGUUACGCGAGCAGGAGGAGGACGACGAGGAAGCCGAGUCCUCCGAAGGGCGAGAGAGUCUCGCUAAGAGGUCCGUCAGGAACAUGGGCAAGACGAAUCAAGUGCGCGUCGACGAGAAGAGAUCGAUAAGGAGGAGGAAAAGACAGGGUGGUAGCGGCGGUGACUGCGGUCCAGAAAAAACGCAGGAGUCGAAUACUAAGAAGUCUCGUCAGGCGAGGAAACGAUCGGUCUUCACCACUGCAGCGAGGAAACGAGAGUCGCCUAAAGAGGUGUACCUGGUGCAGACCGAUAAAAAGAAGAAGAGAAAACGAAGGUCGAAGAAUUCGGCUCCUGCGCUGAUUCCGGAACGGCGUAACGUGAAAUUGGACGAGAGCGUGCCGGCGGAUUUUGUGUUGGAUUCUAGUUUUCGCGGGGAGAACGGAAAGUCGAAGGCGAGCGAAGACGAGAGGGCGGUGGCGGAACAAGGAAAGAGAUCCGGUUCCGUGGCUUCGUUGAACGACGAAGAAGUAAUGGGACCGCUGGCCACGGAAUACAGGGAAGCGUUCGGGGGCCUCAACUCGGAGCCCGGAGUGGCUCUAGCUAGAUUUAAGAGAAUCAAACGAGUCCUCGGGCCUCUGGCCUCGAGAACGUGAACGAUAGAUUUGUACGAAACUCCGCGAAAUUUAUAAACGGUGUCGCGCGACCGCGACGACGACCUGUAAAGAUGUUUAAUGGACAAAGAAACGAUACCAGUGAGCAAUAGGUGGUAGAUCGAUUAAGUUCGCGUAGAACAUAUGAUAUUUAAGUUUCUGUCGGUCGCACCAGCUGUCACGGUGCACGACGAACUUUAGGAAACAAUGUCACUUCCGGGCCGGAAACGAAACGAUUCGACGAUACCCUGACUAUUGUGCGACUUCUCAAAGAUACUUUGUACGAUAGUAUUGUAAGUAAUGGCGCAACGAGACG